GAAACCGAAACGGGGCGUCGUUUCAGGCCGCAUCGUUUUCUUCUGAAACGUUCUCUUCACGUCACUUUUCGCGUCCUGGAAGAAGACGACGACGAACGACCCCCACCACCACCACAACCAAAGCUUCGAGCUCUGCCUCGAGUUUCCCUUCGAAGCUCCCACUCUUCUCUCUCUCUCUCUCUCUCUCCGCUUUUCUCUGCGUGCGAGCUUCAAAUGCUCCAAUUCGUGCAAAUGCUUUCCUUGCUUCUCCUGCUCUCUCCAAUCAAAUGAAGGAAGACGAUGAAGAAGUCCACGCAAGCCCCGACCCUGCACGUGCUCUGGUCCGGCUGGAAGCUGGUCAUCCUCCUCUCAAUCUCUCUCUGCCUCUUCGCCCUCCUCAGGCUCCACUACCAGCCUAUGUUUCCCUCCUCCUCCUCCUCGUCUCCGUAUCUCGAGAUUUAUCGCGCGCGAUCGCGUUACCUCCGCCACGCCGGCUUCGUCGGCAAUCCCAAGCUCGCUUUCCUUUAUCUCGCUCGCCGCAAUCUCCCGCUCGAUUUCCUCUGGGGAAGCUUCUUCGAGAAUGCUGACGUGGCGAAUUUCUCGAUAUACAUCCAUUCGGAGCCGGGGUUUGUGUUCGAUGAAUCGACGACGAGGUCGCAUUUCUUCUAUGGUCGCCAGUUGGGAGAUAGCAUUCAGGUGGCAUGGGGAGAGUCAAGUAUGAUCGAAGCAGAGAGAUUAUUGUUUGCUGCAGCACUUGAGGAUCCAGCAAAUCAAAGAUUUGUUCUCCUUUCCGAUAGUUGUGUUCCUUUGUACAACUUCAGCUACAUAUACAACUAUCUAAUGGCUUCUUCGAGGAGCUUUGUGGACAGCUUUCUUGAUGCAAAGGAGGGCCGGUACAACCCUGAAAUGUUUCCAGUUAUUCCGAAAGAGAGAUGGCGAAAAGGGUCACAGUGGAUCGCCUUAGUUCGUAGGCAUGCAGAGGUGGUUGUAGAUGAUGAGGUUGUUUAUCCAGCAUUCAAGAAAUUUUGCAAGCGAAGACCACCUGUAGAUGCCAGUAAAGGAGAGCUGAACUCUAAACUUCAGAAGCAGCACAACUGUAUUCCAGAUGAACAUUAUGUCCAGACGUUGCUUGCAUUGAAUGAGCUUGAAACUGAACUUGAACGAAGAACAGUAACGUAUACCUCAUGGAACCAGUCGGCUACAAAGAUGGAUACUAAAGGUUGGCAUCCUGUUACAUUUAAUUAUGCAAAUGCCAGUCCGCGACAAAUCCAGGGAAUAAAGAAAAUCAAUCACGUGUAUUAUGAGACAGAGUUUAGGACAGAGUGGUGCCGUGCAAAUUCGUCAUCUGUUCCCUGCUUUUUGUUUGCAAGGAAGUUCUCAAAAGGAGCGGCCAUGCGCCUUUUGAGUGAGGGGACGGUUGGUCGUUUUGAUGCUUCCUCAUUGUUAGAUUCGACUCCUUGAUCAGCUGCACUACUAGUUAUUUCCGAAGGCUCCUGGAGUCGCUAACAAGUAACAACUGACCAGCUUCAACCCAAUUUGGAGGGGAAGUGGAGCACCCUGCUAGAACUUAUGCAGAUAAGCCUAGAGGUAAUAGAGUCGGACAAUAGCAUUACAUUAUCCAACGCCAAACUCUUGUGACAGCGGCUAUAACUCGUGGAUUUCGAGAAAACGACACGAGAAUUACGAAAUAUGAGUUCACACACACACACACACACACCUUUCUUAUUGUUACCAGUUCAUUAUACUAGUUCUCAACCUUACGUCUCUUGGUUCCGCUAGGGAUCUCAAUUAUGUGCAAUUUUUUUCUCAGGGGUAGUACUUGUACCAACUUAGGCUGUCAUUGAAUUUUCUGAAAAGUACGAUCGACAAAAUUCUGA